AUGUUUGGUCUUGGCAGCAAAAAGGUAGAGUCGGCGCCCGCCGCGCCCACCAGCGAUGCCGUCGAUGUCGAUGUCGAAAACAGUGUUGCUGCUCCACGCAAAUCCUGGAGAGAAACAAUGCUGCCCGUCUUUGCCUGCGGCUCCGGCCUCUUUUCUGACGGCUACAUCAACAACGUCAUUGGCUCGGUCAACACCAUCCUCACCCGCCAAUACGGCCCGGUCUAUAGCGAAUCGUCGGCCUACCAAAAUGUCGCCAGCAUCGCCUUUGCCGGCAUCGUCGUCGGCCAGCUGCUCUUUGGCUUCCUCUCCGACCACUGGUCGCGCGCCAACUCGCUAACCCUCUCCACCAUUAUCCUCAUUGUCUUUACCGCCCUCGCCACGGGCUCGUACUGGCUCGGCGAUGCCGUAGGCAUGUUCAAUAUCCUGACCGCGUGGCGCUUCUUUGUCGGUGUUGGUAUCGGAGGUGAAUACCCCGCUGGCAGUGUCGGCGCGGCGGAAUCUACUGGCGAGCUCAAGGCCGGUACGCGCCAUCGCUGGUUCAUCCUCUUUACCAACACCAUGAUCAACGGCGGUUUCGUCAUGGGCGCCUUUAUGCCAUUCGUCAUUGCCUCUGGUACCAAAAACUACGAAGUCAUGUGGCGCGCCGCCCUCGGCGUCGGUGUCAUCUUCCCCCUCGUCCUCUUGUAUCUCCGGUUUAAGCUCGAGGAGCCCGAAGACUUUACCAAGAACUCGAUGCGUCGCCACACGCCCUACCGCCUUGUCUUUAAGUUCUACGGCUUCCGUCUCUUCUGCGUCUCCCUCAUCUGGUUCCUCUACAACUUCUCCGUUUAUGCAUUCGGCAUCUACUCCUCCACAAUUCUCUCCAGCAUCUACAGCAAGGACGGCCGGGUCCCCCCGCUCACGCAAGUCUUUGGCUGGAAUACGGUCAUCAACAUGUUCUACCUGCCCGGCUCCAUCCUCGGCGCCUUCAUCUCGGACUGGAUUGGCCCCAAGCACGCCCUCGCCUUUGGUGUCCUCGUGCAGGCCCUUGUCGGCUUCAUCAUGGCCGGAGUCUACGCCAAGAUAUCCCAACACGUCGCCGCCUUUGCCAUUGUCUACGGCAUCUUCCUCUCCCUCGGCGAGAUUGGCCCCGGCAACAACAUCGGCCUGCUCGCCGCCAAGACGUGCGCGACGGGCGUGCGCGGUCGCUACUACGGCAUCGCGGCCGCCGUCGGCAAGAUCGGUGCGUUUGUCGGCACCUGGGUCUUUCCGCUCAUCAGCAAGGCCGGCGGCAGCGACACCGAGUCGGCGCAGUACCCCUUCUGGGUCGCGUCCAGCCUGUGCGUGCUGUCGGCCGUCAUCACGCUGACGCUUGUGCCCACCGUCGGCCAGGAUACCAUCGGCAAGGAGGACGAGCGGUUCCGUGAGUACCUGGAGAGCCAGGGAUGGGACACAACGCAGCUGGGUAUGGGCAAGGCCGAGUCCAGUGCGCCCGAGGCCGUGGUCGAGAAGGUGGCCGAGAAGCAGUAA